GCGAGUGCCUUAUGAAUCUCUUUUUGUUUCGUAGUCGCGAAUUCCUAUCCUGAACAUGUGCUGCUUGGGAAAUAUUUGAUUCUAAAACUUGUGUUUUAAUUUUGUAUUACUGCGUAUAUCUAUAGAAAAAAGACAAUAUAACUAUAACAAGUCAUCAAAAUGGAUGUUGAUGUACAGGUUAUUUCUACAAGUGGCGAAAGAACGAAAAUAAAACAGCCUAAGAUAGAAAAUGAUGUUCGGAAAGUGUUUGUACCUCGUUCCAGACAAUCCGCAUUGAAGGAACAAUGGAUGAAAAUAUUCACUCCAGUCGUGGACCAACUUUUACUUCAGAUAAGAUAUAAUGUAAAAAGCAAGCAAGUGGAACUGCGAUUGGGACCCGAAUCUAAAAAUCCAUCUAACUUGCAAAAAGGAGCAGAUUUUGUACGCGCAUUUAUUCUCGGUUUUGAGGUGGAAGACGCUUUGGCUCUGCUUCGUCUUGACGACCUUUUUAUCGAAUCUUUCGAAGUAAAUGAUGUUAAGAUGUUGAAAGGGGAUCAUUUAAGUCGCGCUAUUGGAAGAUUAGCUGGAAAAGGAGGACGAACCAAGUUUACUCUGGAAAACUCAACUAAAACGCGAAUUGUUCUACAGGACUCUAAGAUUCAUAUUCUGGGAAAUUACAAAAGCAUACAGCAUGCAAAACGUGCAGUCAGCCAUCUCAUCUUAGGAUCGCCUGCCAGCAAAGUGUAUGGAAAUUUGCGAACAGUUGCUGGAAAAAUAUCUGAGCGAAUUUAAUACUUUUGACGUUGAGUGUUUCAUUUUUAUAUGCUUUUGUAUAGUAUCCAUUAAAUAUUAAUACCUGUA